CGCAGCGCCGCAUGCAGACUCUCUCACUUUCACGCACGCACAGGCACAGCGCAGGUUUCGUUCGUUCAGUCCCACACCGGCGACACCGGCUCGACAGCUUCGAGAGUUUAACACGGUCGAUGUGACACGCUGGAUAAUCGUGUCGUUUAAUCUGUAAUCUGUGCUGGAAUGCCACACACAGACCUGUGACGAGGAAAUCACUGACUACAUCAGCACACCACAGAUGCAGAAGAUAAUAAUGGACGACAGAACUCUAAGUGAUUCUAAUGUGAAAGUGGCCGUUCGGGUCCGACCCAUGAACAGGAGAGAGCGGGACCUGAAGACAAAAUGUGUUGUGGAUAUGGAAGGAAAUCAAACUGUGCUGUAUCCAGCCAGUGGAAACCUGGGAAAAGGCGACAGCAGGGCCAAGCCGAAGGUCUUCGCGUAUGAUUAUUGCUUCUGGUCUAUAGAUGAGACUGAGGUCACCAAGUUUGCAGGUCAGGAUGUGGUGUUUCAGUGUCUUGGAGAGAGUCUUCUGGACAGCGCUUUCCAGGGAUAUAACGCCUGUAUAUUUGCAUAUGGCCAAACAGGCUCUGGAAAGUCCUACACGAUGAUGGGAACGGCCGAGCAGCCGGGUCUGAUUCCACGGCUCUGCAGUUCUCUGUUUGAGCGUACGGUUCAAGAGCAGCGGGAGGGUGAGAGCUUCGCCGUGGAGGUCUCUUUCAUGGAGAUCUAUAAUGAGAAGGUGCGAGAUCUUCUGGAUCCUAAAGGGAGCCGACAUGCUUUGAGGGUCCGGGAGCAUAACGUGUUGGGGCCGUACGUGGACGGUCUGUCUCGACUCGCUGUGACCAGCUUAAAGGACAUUGAGUCGCUGAUGUCCGAGGGGAAUAAAUCUCGCACCGUGGCGGCCACAAACAUGAAUGAGGAGAGCAGUCGCUCACACGCCGUGUUUAACAUCGUUCUGACUCACACACUCAGAGACCUGAAGACUGGGACGAGUGGAGAGAAAGUGAGUAAACUCAGUCUGGUGGAUCUGGCUGGUAGUGAGAGAGCAGAUAAAACAGCAGCUGCUGGAGAGAGACUGAAAGAAGGCAGCAAUAUUAACAGAUCUCUCACUACACUGGGCUUGGUGAUCUCAGCUUUAGCAGAGCAGGGCGCUGGAAAAAACAAGAGUAAAUUUGUUCCCUACAGAGAUUCUGUGCUCACGUGGCUGCUGAAGGACAGUUUAGGAGGAAACAGCCGUACGGCUAUGGUGGCCACGGUGAGCCCUGCGGCCGACAACUACGAAGAAACUCUCUCAACGCUGAGAUACGCCGACCGGGCCAAAAGCAUCGUCAAUCACGCCGUGGUCAACGAAGACCCCAACGCCCGCAUCAUCAGAGAGCUUAGAGAGGAGGUGGAGAAACUGCGCAGUCAGCUGACGGAGGCCGAGUCAAUGAAGGCUCCCGAGCUCAAAGAGAGACUGGAGGAGUCUGAGAAGUUGAUCCAGGAGAUGACGGAGAGCUGGGAGGAGAAGCUCAGGAAGACGGAGGAGAUCGCACAGGAGAGACAGAAGCAGCUGGAAAGCUUGGGGAUUUCUCUGCAGUCGUCCGGGAUCAGAGUCAUCGAUGAUAAAUGCUUUCUGGUCAAUCUGAAUGCUGACCCCGCCCUCAACGAGCUCCUCGUCUACUAUUUAAAGGAACACACGCGUGUGGGCUCUGCGGACUCUCAGGACAUUCAGCUGUGUGGUUUGGCGAUAAACCCAGAGCAUUGCGUGAUAGACAUGAAGCCAGAGACAGGUGUAACGCUCACACCAAAGAGAAACGCCCGGACGUGUGUGAAUGGGGCUGCCGUCUCUUCUCCUGUUCAGUUACAUCACGGAGAUCGAAUCCUCUGGGGAAACAACCACUUCUUCAGGAUUAGCAUGUCUCAUGUGUAUCGUGGCGAGGAGGCCGGUGUGAUGAAGGCUGCUCUGAACACUGAGCUCAGUCAUGACUCCAGCAUCAGUUUUGAGUCUGCGCAGACGGAGGUGAUGAUGAAAGCGUUGGAAAACAAUGAUCCCUUGCAGUCAGUUGUUCAUUCUCUCGAGCGCAGACACGAGGAGGAGAAACGCUCGGCUCUGGAGCGCCAGCGGCUCAUGUACGAGCAGGAGCUGCACCAGCUGCGCAGACGGCUGUCAUCAGAGCUGCACACGCAGAGCUCUCAUCCACAGAGACACAGAAGCACUGAACAUCUCAACAUGACCUCAAACACACAGAGCAGACUGCAACAGUGGAGUGAAGAGAGGGAAGCUUUGAUGAGUCGGACUCUUCGUAAGCUCAGAGAUCAGAUUGUGAGAGCAAAUCUUCUGGUGCAGGAGGCUGGAGUCAUCUCUGAAGAGCUCAACAAGAAAACUGAAUACAGAGUCACUCUACAGAUACCUGCAGCUAACCUCAACGCCAACCGCAAGCGCGACUCUGUUCUGAGCGAGCCGGCGGUGGAGGUGAGGAGGAGGAGUAAAGGCAAACAGAUCUGGGCCAUGGAGAAGAUGGAAAACAGACUGGUGGAUAUGAGAGAACUCUAUCAGGAGUGGAAAGACUUUGAUGAAGACGAUCCUGUCAUGCGCUCUUACUUCAAGCGUGCUGAUCCGUUCUUUGACGAGCAGGAGAAUAACAGUCUCAUCGGUGUGGCGAACGUCUUCCUCUCCUGUCUGCUGUAUGACGUCCGGCUGCAGUAUGCAGUACCCAUCAUCAAUCAGAAGGGGGAGGUCGCAGGUCGGCUUCAGGUCGAGGUCGAGCGUGGGAUUGGCGGGCCGGAGGAGCGUGAAGCAGAGGGAGGAGACUCCGAGACCACAGCAGACGGCGAGACGCAAGAACGCAAAUUUACAUGCAUGAUGAAGAUCUUACAGGCGACAGGAUUACCUCAGCACCUCUCAAACUUCGUGUUCUGUCAGUAUCACUUCUGGGAUCAUUCAGAAGCUGUGGUCAUAGCUCCCGAGGUGAACCUGAGCGCCGUCAGCAGUAAAGAGCCGCAGAGAUCCGUCGUCUUCAAUAACUGCAAGAAGCUGGAAGUGACGGCGACAGAAGAUUUCCUGGAGUUUGUGACAGACGGCGCUGUGGCUGUUGAGGUUUACGGUCACAAGCAGUCAAACCCGCGCAGAAAUCUGGCACUAUGGGAUGUGGGGGUGAUCCAGUCGAAGAGUCGCUCGCUCAGAGAGAGGUGGAGUGAGGUGACGCGCAGGCUGGAGCUCUGGGUGCAGAUUCUGGAGCUGAAUGAUGUAGGAGAGUUUGUGCCGGUGGAAGUUCAAGCAGCUAAAGAUGUCCAUACGGGAGGAAUCUUUCAACUGAAACAGGGUCAGACGCGGCGUGUUCAGGUCUCCGUGCGUUCGGUUCAGGAUUCUGGGACAAUGCCGCUCAUCACAGAUUCUGUGCUCAACAUCUCCAUCGGUAACGUGGAGGUCCAUCACAUCCAGCCUAACAGAACCCCUCCGAGGGUGGGAGAUAAAGACGCAGACAGUUAUCAGGAAGUGGAUCUGGAGAGACUCCGAGCGCAGUGGCUGACGGCUCUAACCAAACGGCAAGAAUAUCUGGACCGCUGUCUCCAGGAAGUCGUCUGCAAGCAGGAUAAAUCUGAGGAGGACGUGGAGAGCGAGUCUCAGCUCCUGGAGUGUCGACUGACGCUCACCGAGGAGAGAAACGCGGUGUUGGUACCGUCUCCUGGCAGCGGGAUCCCAGGAGCUCCAGCGGAGUGGGUUCCUGCUCCAGCAAUGGAGACUCACGUCCCCGUCAUCUUCCUCGAUCUGAGCGCCGACGACCUCCACGAUCAUCUCUCCACUCCUCCGGCCGGAGGCCAGGAUGCCGUUUUGAGCAGAGAGGACGAGGACGACUUCAUGGACUUGCAGAUCGUCCGACACUACGAGGAUGAGGUGAAGGCUGAGGCAUCGUGGGAUUGUACGGUUCACGAGUGUCCCGAGCUGAGUCGAGCGGGCGGGCAGGAACACAGAGUUUAUCUCACAGUCUCCACCAGCGUUCUGCUCAGCCACCCGGCGCGCAUGCAGCUCGUCCUGCGCAAACGCAUCUGCGUCAACAUCACGGCACGACAGGGUUUCGCUCAGAGUCUUCUCAGGAGGAUUUCACAUCGCAGCUCGGUUCACCGCUGUGGAGUCACGUUUGACGUAGUCUCCAAUAUUCCAGGGGAGAUGCAGAGCUCGGAGGACAGAGAGACGCUGGCGAGAUUGGCCACCAGCGCUGAGAACUCCGGCGCUCACAGUGAGGCUGCCAUAGAGAAAUAUCUGAGGAGUGUGUUAGCGGUGGAGAACGAGCUGACGCUGGACCGCCUCAGACAGGAGGUUUCCGUGCGGGAGCAUCUGCAGGAAAAAGGAAAAAUCACCAAACGUGCCGUCAGUUCACCCAGUGUUAACAGACUGUCUGGCAGCAGGAAAGAUCUGAUCGACAGCCAGAACUCAGAAGAACACAGAGUUUCCACAUCACACACAAAGAGUUCCUCACAUUCACCAUCAUCACACACCCAAAGUCCUGAGUCAGGUCUCUCAGGAUCAGCUGCAUCUUAUUUCUCCCCAGUUAAAGCUCUCGUGUCUCCAGUGCCAAAGAUGAUCAUGUCUCUGUUAUCUAAGAAAGAAGAGAAGAAAGAUCCGUCACCACCGGCUGUCUUUGAGCGGAAUCUCCCCCGUAUUGUCAUAGAGUCUGUUAGUCUUGAGGACCUCAGCAGCUGUCAGCAGGCUCCUGCAGAAGAUGCUCUCCCAGCCGGUCAACCGGAGUCUGCGUCAUACGUCCCAAUUAUUUCUGUCAUUACUGACCGCAGUGACAUCACUGAAGAAUCGGAUGUUCCUUUAGAAACGACCACUGACGAUCAGAUGGGUGCAGCUGUCGAGACGUCACGUUCAGAAACGCCCCCUCCUGUCCAUUCAGAGGUUGAAGAGGUCCCGCAAUCUUCGGUUUCUCCCGCGGAUGAGAGUGUUCCACCUCAAGAGAUCGACGAGGAUCCACCUUCUGUUCUUGUGGAGGACGGGGAUCCCAAGCAAAGCCCGGCUGCUGAGUCCACAAACAGUCCUGUCAGCGAUGUCUCCAGCGGAUACAUCUCCACAAGCGUCUCCUCUGCGACUCUCUCCGAAUCGCUCAUCUUGAAUGAGAGUGAAAUGGGGAAAUUUACAGAAGCCGAACCAGAGACGAUCAGUGAGGUUCUGUCGGCGAGAAGCACAUCACCUGAAGACUGGACACCGCUUCAACCUGCCAGCCUAGAACACGGAGAACAGACUUCUACAGACGUCCAGAGAGCAUCAGAAGAACACGGUCAGGUGUCUCCUCCAGCCGAAAACUUUGAAGUAAUCACAAACCCGUCAAACCCUUUAGCAUCAUCGAAAUCAUCAGAGCCAUCGCUUCCUCCACCACAGCCGCCUGCAAACAUCCAUCCAUCCAAACCUGAGGAACACCGAAAGUCUCUUUCUGCCUCCACCGGCAAUCCUUUCCACAUCCAGAGAGUGAAGACAUCAGGCCUGAAGUCUUUCCUGCACGAGGACGCUAAAGAUAAAGACAGCGACUCUUUAUCAACAUUGAGUUUAUCUCAGGAGACACUGGAGAUCCUGUCCGAUUCAGAGGAAGGCCUUGACGCUCCGCUUCCCGAUUGGCUGAAGGAGGGGGAAUACGUCACCGUGGGUACCAAUAAAACCGGAACGGUCCGUUACGUUGGGCCGGCCGACUUCGCGAAGGGUGUUUGGGUCGGCGUGGAGCUUGAUGUUCCUGCAGGUAAAAAUGACGGUUCGGUCGGCGGCCGCCAAUAUUUCCAGUGUAACCCUGGAUACGGCGUUCUCGUGAGAACGGAUCGAGUCACGAAAGCCACGGGUACGGCUAAAAGACAGAGACAGAAGCGUCAGCAGAACCUGUCAGGAUCCAGUCCAAACCUGGCAGCCCUCACAGCGCUGGCCAAAGGAGACGGUGGCGGACGGAAGGGAGACAACAGGAAGUCUUGGCUUAGCUGAAGUGUUAACGUGCCACUGCGAGGAUUUGCUGGUACGACUGCAGAUGAUUUGAAACACUCCCAUUUGCUUAAACAUAUCAACAUUACAUAGUGCCUUGUGAUUUGAGACUGGAUUUCAGCCUCAACAAACAGUAUUUUGAUAUUUUGUUUGUGUGUGUAUCAGAGAGCAUACUCUUUUUUUUUUAAAAUGUGUGAAAUCAGAAUAUUAAUAGAAUAACAAUGUUUCGAUUCAUCAGUUUUAAAUUGAACUAUAUUUUUCGUGCAAACAUGUGGUGUUUGAUUUAUGGAGAUUUAAAGUGCCAGACGGUUUUAUGAGAGAUUGUAUUUUAGUAGUCUGUUGGGCUGAUUUUAUCCUCUCUUGGCUGUGUUCUUUUGUGUUGUUGUCGUCUUUUUAAAUGAGUAAUUUAUGAUCAAAUUCCUUUUUAUUUAUUUCGCAGAGCUUAUUGACAACAUAACGUUGAGAUUUUUUUUAUUGAAAAUUUGAAUGAAUAAACUCUUAUAUUAUUCAUA